CGCGGCUCGGCUGCAGCGCCAAAGCUGGGUGUUAUUUUAUACAAAAAUCUUGUGGGACCACUGCACAAAGAGAUGAUUGUACAAAGAGUGGUAUUGAAUUCCCGACCUGGAAAAAAUGGCAAUCCAGUGGCAGAGAAUUUCUGAAUAGAAGAAAUCCCUUUGCCAGAUAAUAUCAAUGAAGGGCAAGUUCAAGUUAGAACUCUUUAUCUUUCUGUGGAUCCUUACAUGCGUUGUAAGAUGAAUGACGACACAGGUACUGAUUACCUAGCACCUUGGCAGCUGUCUCAGGUGGCCGAUGGUGGUGGUAUUGGAGUUGUAGAAGAAAGCAGGCAUACUAAUUUGACGAAAGGUGACUUUGUUACUUCCUUCUAUUGGCCUUGGCAAACCAGAGCUAUUCUGGAUGGAAAUAGCCUUGAAAAGGUAGACCCACAACUUGUGGAUGGACACCUUUCAUAUUUUCUUGGAGCUAUAGGGAUGCCUGGUUUGACUUCUUUGAUUGGGAUACAGGAAAAAGGUCAUAUAGUUGCCGGAUCUAAUCAGACAAUGGUUGUCAGUGGAGCAGCAGGUGCCUGUGGAUCCUUGGCUGGGCAGAUUGGCCGUUUGCUGGGCUGUUCCAGAGUGGUGGGAAUAUGUGGAACACACGAGAAGUGCCUCUUUUUGACUUCUGAACUGGGCUUUGAUGCUGCAGUUAAUUAUAAGAAAGGGAACGUGGCAGAACAGCUUCGAGAAUCAUGCCCAGCUGGAGUAGAUGUUUACUUUGACAACGUUGGCGGUGGUAUCAGCGAUACAGUGAUAAGCCAGAUGAAUCAGAACAGCCACAUCAUCCUGUGUGGUCAGAUUUCUCAGUACAACAAAGAUGUGCCUUACCCUCCCCCGCUCCCGCCCGCUGUAGAGGCAGUCCAGAAGGCCAGGAACAUCACGAGGGAGAGAUUUAUGGUAUUAAAUUAUAAGGAUAAAUUUGAACCUGGCAUUCUACAGCUGAGUCAGUGGUUUAAAGAAGGAAAGCUAAAGAUCAAGGAAACUGUGAUAAAUGGAUUGGAAAACAUGGGAGCUGCAUUCCAAUCCAUGAUGACAGGAGGUAACAUCGGAAAGCAGAUAGUUUGCAUUUCAGAAAUUUCUUUGUAAUCACAUUUUUUCCCAUUGUACACAAAACAGGAAGAUAUGUUUAAACAACCUAAGUGUACAGAGCCAGGCAUGGUGGAACAUCCCUGAAAUCCCAGCAUUUGGGAGGGUAAGGCAGGAGGCUCAACACAAGUUCA